AUGAACGGCACCCACUGGGGUGUGACUGGCGUGGGGUUCGGCCAAAGGGGCGCGCCUAUUUUGGACGUUGUCACUCGUUUUGAAGAUAAUCUUCAUCAGUUUCGCGAGAAUGCGCCGUUGACCCCGACGGUAUUCAACUGGGGUCCUACCACGCUGGCCGCCUCUGUGAUCCGACAUGUACCGUUGAAGGAAGACUGUUCCAACAAGCCUGGAAAAUUGAUUGCUUAUGAGGAAGUAUGCCCUCCCGAGCUAUGUGAGAAGGUGACCGUCGUCACAUCUGGGAGCCUUGAAGAGCUUCUGAAGGGCAUUGAACACUAA